UUACUCUUGUCGGAAUCUGCUCUUCUUGUGCGGUUACAUGUGACCAUCGAGCCGCGUGCAAUCAUGGAGUUGGAUACUGCAUGCUCAUCUGAACACAAGUGAACGCGAAGACGUUUAGCAGUCUCCCAACAAUUGAUACGUCACUAUAAGUAUCGGCCCCUCUCCAGUCUCUCUUCUCAUCUCGACUCGAUCCUUCAAUUGUAGACUUAAUUCUGUAGCCAUGGCGGUUUCUGUGGAAAGCUUCCUCAAACUCUGCUUCCUCUUCUGCCUCGUGUCUACUUCCAGUGGGCAGCUGUCGCCUACGUUCUACCUUCAGACGUGCCCAACUCUGCAGACUAUCGUGAGCCUGACCAUGACGACGACCGUCCUCCUCGAUCCGCGGAUGGGAGCCUCCCUUCUUCGUCUCUUCUUCCACGACUGCUUCGUAAAUGGCUGCGACGCGUCGGUGCUGCUGGACGACACCGCCACGUUCACUGGGGAGAAGAACGCAGGUCCGAACGCCAACUCCCUGCGCGGCUUCGGCGUCAUCGACACCAUCAAAGCCGCGGUGGAGUUGGUGUGCCCCGGCACGGUCUCCUGCGCCGACAUUCUCGCGUUGGCCGCACGCGACGGCGUGGCUCUGCUCGGUGGACCAUCUUGGACCGUGGCGUUGGGACGUAGGGACGCCACCACCGCCAGCCAAAGCGCGGCCAAUAGCAACCUCCCGGGCCCCGGCUCCAGCCUUUCCCAGCUCAUCGCCGCGUUCGCCACGAAGGGCUUGAACGCCCGCGACAUGACCGCGCUCUCCGGCGCCCACACCAUCGGCCAGGCCCGCUGCGUCAACUUCCGCUCCCACAUCUACAACGACGCCAACGUCGACGCCGGCUUCGCCUCCCAGCGCCAGCGGAACUGCCCCUCCUCCGGCGGCGACAAUAACCUGGCCCCGCUCGACGUCCAGACCGCCAACACCUUCGACAACGCGUACUACCGGAACCUCAUCGCCAUGCGGGGUCUCCUCCACUCGGAUCAGGAGCUCUUCAACAAUGGAACGCAGGACGCGCUGGUGCAGCAGUACAGCACCAACGCUGCAGCUUUCGCGGCCGACUUCGCGGCGGCCAUGGUGAAGAUGGGGAACAUCAGCCCGCUGACGGGAAGCAGCGGAGAGAUCAGAUCGAACUGCAGGAGGGUGAACUGAUACACGUCUUGGGUCCCAAAAGGAAGUCGAAGAAGUCAAAGAAAGGGGUGGGUGUUUACGUAUAGAUUCCUAAUUGGAUUUGUGACAAUAAGUCAAAAUGUGUAUGACGUUGGAUUCACGAUCGCAUGUAGAACGAGAAAGUAAUCGGAUUUGAUUGCUACGUGGUUUCUUGGAGAA